AAAAACAACAAAGCAAAACACGAUUCCAAGCUCUUCCUCUCGACCUCUCUCCGGAUCGGUCACGGGAGGAAAAAUGAAAUGAAAAUUAGAAGACCAAACCGAGAACCGGAACUUCAAACCCUAACCCUAGGUUCCCCGCCUUCCACCCCCAUCUCUCUCUCCUUUGGCCUUCUACUCCCUUCCCCUCUCCUCCAGGUCUCGCCCUAGGCGAGCUUGCCUUCCUCCACCCCUACGAUUCCGGGGAUGUCGCGCUGAUGCCCCCGGGUCGUGAUGAAGGGUAAAGGGACCGACCUCCGUUCCGACGCCGCCGAGAACCCUUCCUCCGCGCCCUCCCCGCUUUCCGGCUUAGAUCUUUUCUCCCAGGCGCGAAAGGUGCUCUCCGUCCGAUGCCCCUUCGACGGCGAGGAGUCUACGCCUAGGGUUCCGACGCUCCCUUCGCGUUUGGCCUCUUUUCUCGCGCGCGCCUCCGAGAGCCACAAGAAGCAAAGAAAGGUCGCGGGGGACAACGCUGAGAAGCCGUCGACGCCUGGUAAGCCGCCCACUGUUUGGGAUGAGACUGAAGAGUACUUUCGGCCACUCACUCUGUCGGACGUCGACCUACUGGUUCCGACACUCGAGUUGGGUCCAGGUUCAGUGGAUUCCUGCCUAACCAUGCCAGCUCUUAGAAAUUGGGCGGAGCUUAGCGAGACAGUUGGGGAGCCGGAGCCUUCUGCCCCACAAUUGAAUUCCGUUUCAUUGCCUGAGAAAGAACAACAACUCUCAGAGCUUCAACCAGUGGAGACAGAGAAAGUUCAGGAUGGCCAGAAGGUGCCUCUUGCUGAAGCACAUGGGAUUGCGGCUCCUGGAGACUGUGCAUUAUUAGCUGAAGGAGAAGAAGAAAAUGAUCAUAGUUUAUCUUUUCAUUGGCUCUUGGGUUCAAAGGAACGUUUCAAUCUCACGUCUCAGCGCCCAAACAAGAAUCGGAAGCUCCUGGGUGGAGAUGCUGGCUUGGAUAGGUUGCUACUGCUUCCUCAUUCACAUUCAGGAGCUGAAAUAUGUGAUGCAUGUUGCACUGUAGAGAGUAGAGCGAAGUCGAACAACUUGCUUCGCUGCCAUUCUUGCAAGGCUUUGGUGCACCAGAAAUGUUAUGGGGUAAAUGAGGCUUUGGAUGGGGCUUGGGUUUGUUCUUGGUGUAAGCAUUUGGAGAAAGCAAGUAAAGUCAUACAGGGAAGGCCAUGUUUUCUUUGUCCCAGGGAAGGCGGAGCAAUGAAAGAACUAAAAAUUGGUCCAUCCGGUUACCCUAGUGAUUAUGGUACAUUUGUGCAUCUGUUUUGUAGUCUGUGGACACCAGAAGUGUUCGUCGAAGACACUGCAUCAAUGCAAUUGGUUAUGAAUGCUGGCAGCAUAGAUGAUAAUCGGAGGAGGUUGGUCUGUCAUUUAUGCAAGGUGAAGCAUGGUGUAUGUGUAAGAUGCAGCCAUGGAACAUGUAGAACAUCUUUCCACCCUAUGUGCGCUAGGGAGUCAAAGAAUCAGAUGGAGAUCUGGGGAAAAUUUGGAUGUUCUAAUGUUGAGUUGCGAGCUUUUUGCUCAAAACACACUGCUUUCCAGGAUGGGAGAAGUGUUAAAGACCCUACUAACUUCUUAAUGGCUACGGAUGACCAUUCUAUGACAGACAUGCCUUCAAUCAAUAUUCCCCCUGCCAAAAAGUUGCCAAAAUUACUAUUUACUCGCAAGAAUAGAGAUAAAAAGUAUGUCCAAAAUGAAAUUGCAAAGUUCACUUAUGAGAAAAUAGACCAGGUGGAACCAGGUGAGCAACAUUCUGUAGGAAGUAAGCAUAAUCUUGAUAGUGGUCAAGCAGGUUCUACUACAGAGAUGGUUUCUGUUGGAGCUAUUGACAGUGAAAUUGUUAAACGAAGUACUACUGAUGUCCCUGCAAUACUUAGAGAGCUAAUUGUUAUGGGCAAAAUCAGUGCUGAAGAUGUUGCAUCAGAGAUGGGCAUCUCAUUAGGUUCCUUGCAAGCAGCACUUGUUGGUGAAACAACAUCCUUUUCACCUGGUUUAAAGUUAAAAAUUAUCAAAUGGCUUCAGAAUUCUGUACAUGUAUCGGCUUUGCCACCAUCAAAACUCAGAAAUAACCCUAUGGCAUCAUCUGACCAUAAAGCUACAAAGAUUGAUUGCUUAAAUGCUGUUAAAGGGAAGGAUCCUGAGAACAAAUCAACUGGUGAUAAAGUCACAAGUGCUGAGUCAUCAGAUGCUGUUUUUGUUAAGUCACUACCACCACAAAGAAGAACAAAAGGCCACAUGAUGAUAAAGAAUAAUGACAAGGAAUUAUGCUCAUCCCUACUCCCUUCCAUUUUGGAAAACAGUAAUGGGAAUAUAGACGGUGUUCCGCUUGCCCUCAGCAAAGACAGGGAGCAAGAUGCUAGUAGAAGAAAAUCUCCUAAUUCCAUUGAGGGCAUUCCAAAUGACCAAAAUCAUCCAGAGAUGCAGAUUAUUGAAGACACUCUUAAGAAUGAAGAUUCUUGUUCUUUGCAUCCAGGUGACAGGCCUAAAGGAAACCCAUUAAGAGUAGAUUCCAAUAAUCUGCCUCAUGGAGAGUGCAAGAUCCAUGAUGUUGAGGAGAAAGUAGCUGAUCUUCAUUGCAGUGACAAACAUGCUGAGGAUGCUGAUGCCAUCUUUGAAAAUAAGCCACAACAAGAGUCUAGCUCUUCAAAAGAAUUAAAUAAUGAACUGGAGGCAGCAGUUUCUUGUAAAUUUUAUCUUGAAAAUGGUGCACUUGAUUCUUUUUCUGACGUUCAUCCUUUGAUCAAUAUGAAGUUGUUGCAAAUGCGGAACUCAUUCAAGAAAACUCAUGGAGAUCCAACUUACAACGGGAAUUCAUGUCCCCAGUGCAUCAAACAAGGCUUGCCUUGUUCCUCCACUGGUACACACUGUUCGCUGGAUGGAACAAAAAUUGACCAAAUUUCUAAAGCUAAGAAUAUGGGUCUCUUGGAACUUUCCCCUGAGGAUGAAGUGGAGGGAGAAAUAGUUUACAUUCAAUCUAAGCUGCUUGAUAAUGCCAUGUCAAUCAAGCAUAAAUAUGAUGAUUUAUUGUCGAGGAUAGUUAAGAACCUUCCUCAUGAGCUAAAUGAAUCAACUAAACAGAAAUGGGACUUAAUCCUUGUUAAUCAGUUUUUUCAUGAAGUUAAAGAGGCAAAGAAGCGAGGGAGAAAAGAGAAGAAGAACAAAGAAGCUCAGGCUGUAUAUGCUGCUGCUGCUGAAGCAGCAGCUGUUUCAUCAAGAAACUCAUUAAGGAAAGACAACAAUGAUGAGAUUAUAGCAGCUGCUCAAGAAAUUCCUGCAAACUUAAACGCUGCAACUGGGAGAGCUGGUUUGCCAUCGGUACCUAGGCCAAAGGAGGUUCUUAGGUCAGCUGUUUUAAAAUUGACGUCAGAUAAGCAGUCUAUGGCUUUUCAGAUGCCUGAAUUCUUGAAAGACAAUAUAUUGUCUUGUGAAAUAUGCAUGCGAACUGAGACAAUGUUAAAUCGCAUCUUUGUCUGUUCAACCUGCAAGGUUGCUGUUCAUUUAGACUGCUAUCAAAGGCUUUCUGAAAUUCCAGUUGGUCCAUGGGAGUGUGAGCGCUGUGAGGAAAUGUCACUGUCAUCUACUAGCCCCCAGAAUGUAUCUGAUGCUAAUGAUAGAAAUGCUAUGGUUCAGUGUUGCUUAUGUGGUACUCUGCAUGGUGCUAUGAGAAAGUCAGCAGAUGGACAGUGGGUUCAUGCCUUCUGUGCAGAGUGGUUGUUGGAGACAAGUUUUAGGAGAGGACAAGAAAACCCCAUUCAAGGAUUGGACACUAGUUUCAAAGGGAAGGACACCUGCUCUAUAUGCCAUCUCAAUGUUGGUUCAUGCCUAAAGUGCAGUUAUGGAAAUUGUAAGUGUCAUUUUCAUCCUUUCUGUGCUAGUAGUGCUGGGUUUUACAUGAAUGCCAAGGUUACUGGCAGCAGCACACAACACAAGGCCUAUUGUGGCAAACAUAGUGUAGAACAGAGAGAGGCAGACAACCGACAGUGUGGAGUUGAGGAUCUUAAGAGUUUAAAACAAAUAAGGGUUGAAUUGGAAAAAGUACGUCUACUUUGUGAAAGGAUUAUAAAGAGAGAAAAGUUAAAGAAAGACUUGGUUCUUUGUUCACAUGAUAUACUUGCUUCGAAAAAGGAUUCUACUACAUACUCGGCACUUGCAACCAGUUCCUUCUUGCAUCCUGGCGCCAGUUCAGAAUCAGCUACUACAUCUAUAAAUAAUAGGUCACACAGUGGAAUGGUACUGAGAUCAGAUGAAGUUACAGUGGACAGUACCUUUUCUAAUAAACGUAAAAUUAGAUUUUCUUUGAGUAAUAAGGAUGUGGACAGACAUACUGAUGAUAGUUCCACGUCACAAUCAUCAAUCAAACGAAAAUUAGCAGAGCGGGAUUCUCUUGCUGGUAAACAACUUCCACGGAGAUCAGCAUCAAUGGCUUUCCGGAUAUCUGUAGAUGAUGGAAACAGGAAAAUUAAGGAAAAAAAGGAGGCCAUUCAGGAUCUUGCGUUAUCGUCAGAUCAAACAUCAAUGCAAAAUCAACGGCCUUCCAAGGGGUAUUUUUAUGUCCCUGUUGGUUCUCUUUCCAAAGAAAGGGCACUGAAGAAGGAUAUGGAGCCUCAUGAGCCAAGAGAACCUGGUGGAUAAGUUCAAGGAUAAAUUAUUCAAGUGCUCUUUUCCAUUCUUGGUGGCUUUGAGUCCCUGUGGACAAAUUUAAAGGUGAAUACCAGGCAAUCGAUUUGCUGAUGAUACACAAACAGCAAACUGAUGAAAGAGGUUCCACCAGUGUUAAAUGCCCUGAGAUUUAUAAGAGGACACUGGUGAAAACAGGGUUUGCCAUGCAUUCAUACAACACCGAUGCAGCCCGGAGAAGAAAGUAUUGAUGUCAACUUUGUUUAUAUAUCAAAGGAAAGUAUAUUAAAAGUGGAAGAGCUGAGUAUCCUUUGAUGUAUGAUCUUAGUUGUCACUGUUAACUGCCAGUGUUGAGCUUGAUUACUCACUUCAUUGGCUACAUGGAAGCUUUCAUGGGUAAUAGAGAUCCCAUAGGUUACAGGUUUUGUAAACUUUUGUACAUUCUUGGCCUUUAAAUUCCCAGCCCUUGUCUGAAAGGACAAGCCCCUUUUUUGGUGAUGGUGGUAGUAGGCAUGCCUUGAGACAUAUUUUGCUGGAAAUGAAAAUUUAACAGUCAAAUCCCACAUUUAGCAUUCAAUUAGUCUAGAAAAGAAUGUACUAUGUAGUGAGAAUUAGUCAAUAGGUAGAUUAGUAGGUAGGAGCAGAAUCAGCAUUUGGUUGUUGUAAUAGGCAAUUAUGGUUGUAAUGAUACAUAAAUCGUAGUCUAAAAAACUACAAGUUGUUUCCA